GCGCCAGAGUUUACAUAUCAUAAUUUGUAUACGACCGUUUGCUUUGUUGCUAUUUCACAUACUCUAGUAUGAAUACCGACGUCCCGACAUUUGAUAGACGCGAGGUGGAUCACAGCGUCUUCAGACCCGUCACCUCCGAGAGUGUCAUAAACAGAAGACUAGCUAAACGGCGAUGUGAACUUGAACGUGAUAUGCACAACCGUCUUAGAGAACGGAAACAACAUCGCGGUCUGCUGAGGAGCCACUCCAUCUUUUUAGAGCGGAAAUCAAAGCUGUGUUUCUUUGGGUACCACUUUACGGAUAGCGUAAAAGCGGACAUGCCCUAUUUGACGGACCAAGAUGCAGAGGAACUGUCAGAAUAUCUGUUUAGACUCAAAUACAUUGUUCCAGUCAUGAAGUUCGUCACUGAGAUGAGCCCAACAACUGUGUUCUACAGAUACGCAGAAGAUGAGCGACGUCUGGCACCCUCACUGCAGCGGGAACGUGUCUCCUGCUCUGAGCUAGCACGGCACCUAAUGGACCGCACUUCGGCACCCCUAGUAGCUGGGAACAAGUUGCUGGAACUGAUAGACACUCACGUGGCAGAUUGUUCGGUCGAUCUUGUUGACAACCAGCAGUUCGUGACCAACUCUCUGAACAGACACACCAUGCUGUGUCAACAGAUGCUGCACCAUGGUAACCUCAUUCCGGAGUCCUCCGAAACUCCGGAACGUUUCCAGAAGUUCAGACCGGAGAACAACUAUUACCUGUGUGAUAGCGAAGAGGGCAGGGACCAUGUUAGACAGCUUCAGCAGGAUAAGACUCUUAAAGAAGGAGAAAGAACCAGACAUAUCUCCGAGAACGCAAAAGCUCUUGGAUCCAUAUUUGAGGAUUGUACCCUGAUAAGGUCAUUCACAGGAUUGAGACGAAUAUCCAACGAGUCUUGCUCAGCAUCUCAAGCUUCAACGAUAAAUAGGGCUAUCAAGCCUCGGCAGCAUACCCUGAGAAGAUCGAGCUCUCUUCGGACGAGGAAGAAAAGUAAAGCUGUUGUGUACUGGACGAUGGAGGUGGAGCAGGAGAACAGACCUAUCACUAUUAGAGAUGAGAACACUGAAACACCAGCAACAACGCUGAAUAUUGGCACAAAGGAAGUAAGAAGAAGGCGACUAUCAUCAAGGAUCAUGGCAUCAGAUGUAGAAGUAAUUGACAAAGCAGAAGACAUCCUUGAAAGCGAUACGUACGCACCUCCUAAACGUAAAACAUCCUUUCCUGACAAGUUGAAGAUUAUCUGCAAGAAACUGGUUGGUGUGAAUUUGAACCAUAACAUCAAGGCUAAAUGUAAUGGUAACCUGAACAAUAUCUCUAGUAUUGAUGCUGAAUGGAUCGGAUACUGAGAGAGCAGUUGAACUGUCUCAAUUGUAUCUAGUGAACUUUUAUUUUAUAUUUUUUCUUAUGUAAGAUUGACAUCUGAGA